CGAUUGAGCAGCACUGAUGGCAAAGCAACAAGAAGAUAACGUGGUGUCGCAAUCGAGACGGGGGACACUAGAGGUUCAUUUUCUUGAGCUCUUGAUGAAACGUAAAUUUCGUUAAUUGCAAUUAAAUAGAAAAUAACAUUAUUUUCAUAAUAUGUUUGUAAUAAUAUAAUAAUAAAUUCUACAAUAUGAGAAUCGCAAUUUUAAAACUUUAUAAAGAUUUAUUACGUUAUGGUGAACAGUUAAGAUUUACAGAUAAAAAAUAUUAUCGACAAAAAAUACGAGAAGAAUUUAAACAGAAUAAAAAUCUAACCGAGGUGGCAGACAUUGACUUUCAAUUAAAGAAAGGAUUGACUUUAUUGAAAAAUCAAAGAGUGGUGUAACUUAAAUCAUGAAAAUUUAUUAAAAUAAUGUAUGAUCAAGAUGAAUAUACAUGCUGGUAAUGCCGUAUUUUCAUACGUACAAUCUAUUCUGAGUAAACGUUUAUUGUCUUACGGUGUAUUUCAAUGGGUCGAUAAAAAGAUGCCUCUUUUUCAUAUACCUAAUUAUUGUAAUAAGGGUAUGAAAA